UAUUUUGUUUAUUCGACGGAUACGCACUCUCUCUCUCUCUCUCUAAAACUCAAAAUGGAACCCAAUGAAAACCAACUGAGCUCCUACUUCCAACACCCCACCACCGCCACCGGCGCCGCUGCCACGACCACCCCCUCUCCGACCAAUGGGCUCUUUCCCAACACACACUCCACUGAUGGGUCCCACAUGGUGUACUCUCACUCGGUUCCCUCCCCGGCGGUGACCUCGCCACUUGAGGCCCCCAAAAGGAAGCGGGGGCGGCCCAGAAAGUACGGCACGCCGGAGCAGGCUCUUGCGGCCAAGAAGGCAGCGACGACGUCGUCUCACUCCUCGUCCUCCAAGGAGAAGAAGGACCAAUACGGUGCCGUCUCGCCUUCGUAUUCUGGGUCGACCAAGAAAUCCCAGCAGUUUUCUUUUGGCAAUGCAGGGCAAGGUUUUACACCACAUGUUUUAAGUGUAGCUGCUGGGGAGGAUGUGGGACAGAAAAUUAUGUUUUUCAUGCAACAAAGUAAGCGUGAAAUAUGCAUUCUAUCUGCUUCUGGUACCAUCUCAAAUGCGUCUCUCCGCCAACCAGCUACUUCUGGAGGCAACAUUACAUAUGAGGGUCGCUUUGAGAUUAUUUCAUUAUCUGGGUCUUAUGUACGUACCGACCUUGGAGGGAGGGCUGGUGGUCUCAGCGUAUGCCUAUCUAAUACAGACGGACAAAUCAUUGGCGGUGGAGUUGGUGGGCCCCUGAAGGCUGCAGGCCCUGUGCAGGUUAUUGUGGGAACAUUUCAGAUUGAUGCCAAAAAGGAUGCGACUGCUGGUGUAAAAGGAGAUGCUUCUGCCACCAAGUUGCCAUCGCCAGGGGAAAUGAUGAGCGGAGGCUUCCGCUCAACACUGGACUCUUCCGGGAGAACUCUUGUCAGGGGAAAUGAAGAUCAGCAACCUAUGGGGGGAAGUCAUUUCAUGCUUCAAGGCAUGCAUGCCGCACCUUCACGGCCCACAGAUUGGAGAGGUGGUCCGGAUGCUAGAGCUACAGGCGCUUACGAAUUGACAGGAAGAGGAGGUCGUGCACCAAACCAAUCUCCAGAGAACGGGGACUACGAUCAAAUUCAAGAUUAGGGAUUUGCUUUUGGGAUUUGAAAGCGCUGUUUUUUCGUAGAUAGAUGUAUAAUACAUACCUUAUGUCACCAUACUCUGUUUGUAGUGUGCAGCAUUCAUUAGAAAUGAUGGCCCCAUACCCGUGACCUCCACCCUCUGAAGUAUCCCGCUGCCGUCAAUAUUGCUCAUGGUGUAUGUGCGUAGGUAUCGCCGGCGAGUUUCUGUUCUAUACUUUGCCGGAUAUUGUUGUUGAUAUUUAUCCAUUCGGAAAUUAUUCACAGUUCUGCCUCUCUUUCAAA